AUGCUGCGUUGCCAAAAUAAAGACAGAAAAUCAAAUGAAGAGCUCUGGGCCGAGUAUGCCUUACCAUUUAGUUUAUAUUGGCUUUUUAAUAUGAAAGAAAUAGUAAAUUUUAAUGAUGUAAGCAUUUUUUCCCCAAAUUUAGUUAAGAAAAUUCCACUUUUAAACUUAAAACAUUUUUUGAGAAAAUUGAAAUAUUUUGACUUUUUUUUUGUUUUUAAGGCUCGAAUAGAGGUAUAA